UCUGAGUUUGAACCUGCCUCUGGUGAGCGAGGUUGGGCGGGGCUAUUGGCGGACAGGUUAGGUUGUGUUUGUGUUGUGUGUGCCAUGGCCUCAGCCCAGUGAUACGGACAAUAGCCCAAGGAAGCCGGGGACUGAGCGACACACACCGCGGCGCCCACUGUGCGAGCCCAACCUGCCGCCCCGGGGAAUGAGACUCUGUCCUGCCCGCGGCUCCGAGGAUUAUCUGACAGGAAGCGGGUGCUGCUGGGCCUAGAGAGCCGGGACCGACAGCUGUGUGAUCCCGAGCGGGAGCUCCAAGUAGGGAUAUGUCCUCAGCACCAACCACUCCUCCGUCAGUGGAUAAAGUAGACGGAUUUUCUCGGAAGUCCGUCAGGAAAGCGAGGCAGAAGAGAUCACAGAGCUCUUCACAGUUCAGGUCUCAAGGCAAGCCCAUCGAGCUGACACCCCUUCCUCUGCUUAAAGACGUCUCAACCUCAGAGCAGCCCGAACUGUUCCUGAAGAAACUUCAGCAGUGCUGCGUCAUCUUUGAUUUCAUGGAUACGCUCUCUGAUCUUAAAAUGAAAGAAUACAAGCGCUCUACUCUGAAUGAACUCGUGGACUAUGUAACGAUAAGCCGAGGUUGCUUGACAGAGCAAACGUACCCUGAAGUAGUUAGAAUGGUUUCCUGCAAUAUAUUUAGGACUCUCCCACCGAGUGACAGCAAUGAAUUUGACCCUGAAGAAGAUGAACCUACACUAGAGGCGUCGUGGCCACAUUUACAGCUUGUAUAUGAAUUUUUCAUUCGGUUUUUGGAAAGCCAAGAAUUUCAACCAAGUAUUGCCAAAAAGUACAUAGAUCAAAAAUUUGUAUUACAGCUUUUAGAGCUAUUUGACAGUGAAGACCCUCGUGAAAGGGAUUAUUUAAAAACAGUCUUACACAGAAUUUACGGCAAAUUUCUUGGACUUAGAGCAUUUAUUCGAAAACAGAUUAACAAUAUUUUUCUACGAUUUGUUUAUGAAACAGAACACUUUAAUGGUGUAGCAGAAUUGCUGGAAAUAUUAGGAAGUAUUAUCAAUGGCUUUGCAUUACCCCUUAAAGCAGAACAUAAACAGUUUCUUGUGAAAGUGCUGAUACCGCUGCAUACCGUCAGGAGUUUAUCUCUCUUCCAUGCACAGUUGGCGUAUUGUAUAGUACAGUUUCUGGAGAAAGAUCCUUCCCUAACAGAACCAGUCAUUAGAGGAUUGAUGAAAUUCUGGCCAAAAACCUGCAGUCAAAAAGAGGUCAUGUUCUUGGGCGAGCUGGAGGAGAUCUUGGAUGUUAUUGAACCAUCACAAUUUGUUAAAAUUCAGGAACCUUUAUUUAAACAGAUCUCCAAGUGUGUAUCAAGCCCCCACUUCCAGGUGGCUGAGAGGGCGCUGUAUUACUGGAACAACGAGUACAUCAUGAGUCUAAUAGAGGAGAACUCCAACGUCAUCCUUCCUAUAAUGUUUGCAAGUCUCUAUAGAAUUUCUAAAGAACACUGGAAUCCGGCGAUCGUGGCGCUAGUCUACAAUGUCUUGAAAGCCUUUAUGGAAAUGAACAGCUCCCUGUUUGAUGAAUUGACAGCCACUUACAAGUCAGAUCGCCAGCGUGAGAAGAAAAAAGAAAAGGAGCGUGAGGAACUAUGGAAAAAACUAGAGGACCUGGAAUUAAAGAGAGGUCUUAGAAGCGACGGGAUUAUCCCAACUUAACAAAGACAUCUAUAACAACCUUAUCCUGUGGAUUCACGCAUUUAUGUAGUAGAAGAUGGAAAAACAGUUUUCUGUAUUGUGCAACUUUACAGUAGAUUUUACCUUUGUUUCAUUAUUACAGCAACACUGUAUAUAACUGUCUAAGUAAAGAAAAAAAGCAAACAAAAACAAUAUAUGGACUUAAAUCCAAAGUUUGGACAGUAAAUGAACUUUUCAGAACUUUGCAAACAUAUUCAUUGUUUUAAAUAUUCUUUAAACCUUUUUUUUUUUUUGGAUUUUUUGAUGAAACUCGGUGUCAGAUUCCUGUUGUCAGGCACAUGAUAUUUAUCAUUAGAGAAGUAUGUCGCAGUCUUUCAGAUCCAAGCAGUCCUUAUUCACCUUAGCUUUUCUUUCUGCAAAGCUGUUAAGUCUAUUUAUAUAGUUUAAAAAAAGAAAAUGCAUAACUUUGUUGAACAUCCUCCUUUGGAUAACGUUCAUUGUAUUUUUAUUUUGCACAUCUUCAAGAGCUGAAUGUCUUUGCAGAACUGUUUCUUGCAGCGGUUUUGUGUACUGGUGUGUGUUUUGCGAUACCAGUUUAGCUCUGGUGCUUUUUUUUUUCUCAUUUUGGGCGUAUAAGCAUUUCCAUCAAAAGUAAAAUGUAUCGUUUAUUCAGCAAAUGUUGAAUAUGAACAGGCAUUGAUGUGUAAUAGACACUGACCGCAGAACCGAACAGUAUUCUCUCUGCUACAUCACAGCACACAACACACAACACAGGGCUGUUUUAGAAUCUUACAUUUUAGCCAUUAUCUUACUGAUUUUAUUGGACCAUUCUGAAUAAAGAAAAAACACUAAAAUAUACAAAGCGGACAUAGGUCUUGGCGUAGUUAUAGCUGUAUUCGGAGAAGAAAGGAAAAACAGUUUAAUCUGUUUGAAGUUAUUGCCUUAUUUUAUAGUAUGUAUUUAUAAAGUAUUCCAGCAAAAGGCAGGAUAGCCUCUGAAUGAUGUAAUACAGUGAUGUCAUAUCACAGUGCCAGCCCCUUGGUUUCAGCUGGGAAAUGUCCCUCAACCACCUCCUGCAUUCUCAACUACUGUAACUAUCACCAAAAGUGGUUCUACCAAUGCUACUGAAAUUCUGCAAAUUCCUAUUGUCCUGAGUAUUAAUAAAGUUUAAAAAUGCUUUUAUAUCAAAGGUGCAUUGUGACCAAACUGUUUAAAAUGUGAGGGGGCUGCAUUGUGAGACUCUGCUACUGCAUUAUACUAGAAAAAUGUAAUUCAGUCUCUUGCCACAGAAUGAAUGGGAAAAUAUAUAUAUAUAUAUAUAUUCCGUUGCAUUAUUUUAUGCCUUUAGGCCUAGGAUGGAUUUAGCAUUUGAUAUAUAAUAUAUAUAGUCUUGUAUCUUGCAAUAUUCAGUAUUGUUGGGGCUAUAGCUUUAUGCCUCUUGAAGUCAGUGGGGCUCCUGUAUGUCCUCAUAUUGCUGUCCGCUUCAGUUCUCAUUCUUGUUUGGAAGCCUCCUAAAAAUCGACCUGUUCAUAGAGAUCUGGUUACUCAAAAAUGGCCAUUAUAGUUAAGCCAAUACUAAAAUGCGUUGAAACCGUUUUAAUUCUAACUAGCUUUUUGUCCCUUUUAUGGCAUUUCCAGGAAGAUUUUCCUCAGGCGUAAGAUUUUUCUUCCUUAACUGUGCCUUUUAUAGGGAUUCAAUAUCUUGACAUAAAAUUCAGAGAAAACAAGAUUUUUACUUAAAGGGAUACUAAACCCAAUUUCAUGAUUCAGAUAGAGCAGCAACUUUCUAAUCCUUUUCUUCAUACUCUUGCUAUCUUUAUUUAAAAAGCAGGAAUUUAAAGCUUAGGAGCCAGCCAGCCCAUUUUAGCUUCAGCACCCUGGAUAGCGCUUGCUUAUUGGUGGCUACAUUUAGCCACUAAUAAGCAAGCAUAGCCCAGGUUCUGAUCUAAAAAUGGUCUGGCUCCUAAGCUUUAUAUUCCUGCUUUUUUUUUUAUAUAAAGCUUGCAAGAGAACGAAGAUAAAUUGAUAGUAGGAGUAAAUUAGAAAGUUGCUUAAAAUUGCUGCCCUAUCUGAAUCAUUAAGGAAAAAUGUGGGUUUAGUGUCCCUUUAAAAACUCCCCCCUCUCAAAGUUCUAGCAUAUGAAGGCCUUGUUCAUCAUUUGUGUGUCUGAUUUCAAUGGUGAUUUUCUUGCAUUUCUUGCUCUGAGCAGGGCUGAGCAUAUGUGCAUUGGAACUGAGGCCUACAGGACGAGGACGGUGUAAAUACAGGGAUCAGGGGGUCUCUGGGAAGUCUCUCACAAACUUCAAGAGCCCAGAAACUACAUUCCUAACAGUAUGAAUGUUCAUUCAAAUACAAGGAAACUGAUUUAUUAUAAUUCUAUAAUAAUGUGCAUCCUGACCAAAUUAUUCAUUUAUGUAUUUUCAAUCUUUACCAUGCAGUAAACCUUAGUAUUUCUAGAUAUAAUUUCAAUGACCUAUGUUUUCAUUUGAAAUGGUUGAGGAUACCUAAACCACACGCAAACUUGAAUUCCUUUAGGUCUGCAUUAGAUUUGAAGAUUAUCUGCUCACUAAUUGUAAAAGUGAAUAUUGUGAGCAGUUUUACUUUAAUGUACAUAAUGCUGUUCAUUCUGGAACAACAGCUGUAAACUGAAUUUGUAACAUACGCAUAAUGUCGGUAUAAAUAUUACCUUUAAGGGAAAGCGAAGCAACGUAAUAGCGUUUCUUUUUGCAGCCAUAUUGUCCUUGUGGAAAGCUAAUUAAAUAGAUCAAUAUUUUUCUUAUCUGGCACAUGAAUUUGGAAUAUACAAUAGCAAUUUCUGAAAGCUUUGAUGACCCUUCGUCAGAAGUAUGGACUCUUUGGGAUGGGGAAAUAAGGAGUAACUGUUAUAUUGGUUGAAACAAUGUUACAGUCUAAAAAAUAAAAUAGAGUAUCUUAUUUAUAAUGAAAAUGUAAUUUGAUGGUAUGAAUAUAAAUUUGAUCUUUUUAAUUUUGGUAUAUUUGCAGUUGUGUAAAUUGUUACCUUUUUUUUUCUUCUUUGUUAGCAAACUAUAUUAUUAACCACCUGGGGUGCUUCUCCUACAUAACAAAUUUUAAAAACAAAAUUCUCAAAUGUUCUUGGUAUCUUCAUGCACAGACACCGCGCUCUCGUCCUGGUCGAUUGGAGCCUUCUGCCACCGUUUUAUGGACCUUCUCAUUGUUUAUCAUGCACAUUGCAAGGAAGAAUAUUGUCCCAUCCGACAAUUAGGUGUCUGGUAUUUUAAUAAUAAAAAAAGAAACAAAUUAA